CAAUGGCUGUGCGCAUGGCGUCUGUCUUUUGUCUAGACAAUAAUAAAUUUGUCUGUUUUGCUUUGGAAAUCCACGCUGAAGUUGAAAUUCUCGAUUUUUCGAGAAAUUUAACUAAGCUGAAGUGAAAUUAAAGGCAAAAUACUAUGGCUCAACGGUUUCCGGGGCCCGGUCCUAGCCCAGGAUCAGGCGGACCCCCACCUCAGAGAUAUCAGCAGCCCCAAAACCCUGGGAUGCGUCAAUACAACCAACAGAACUUUCCUCAAAGGACUGGUUAUAAUAAUCCUCCAGCUACAAUGAAUACUAGUGGCGGUACCAUGAUCCAAAGACCUUCGGGAGCUCAAUAUUCGCCAAUGAGAGGCCAGAUGCAAAGUCAACCUGGAGGGAAACGACCAUCUGAUAACCGUAAUUCUAUGCAACAAAAAAGUGACUAUGGUCACAUAACCAGUAAAAAGAAAAAGAAACUAGCUGACAAAAUUCUCCCACAAAAAGUUCGAGACUUGGUUCCUGAGAGUCAAGCAUACAUGGACUUACUAGCUUUUGAACGAAAACUUGACGCCACAAUAAUGCGUAAACGUCUAGACAUACAAGAAGCUUUGAAAAGGCCCAUGAAACAAAAACGCAAAUUACGGAUAUUUAUUUCCAACACGUUUUAUCCUGCCAAAGAACCCUGUCCUGAUGGACCAGACGGGCCUGGAGCAGAAGGACUGGUUGCUUCUUGGGAACUAAGAGUUGAGGGAAGGCUACUGGAUGAUUCAAAAAAUGACCCGAAUAAAGUAAAAAGGAAAUUUUCGUCAUUCUUCAAAUCAUUGGUCAUUGAAUUGGAUAAGGAGCUCUACGGCCCUGAUAACCAUUUAGUUGAAUGGCACCGAACACUUACAACACAAGAAACAGAUGGUUUCCAGGUCAAGAGGCCAGGUGAUAAAAAUGUCCGAUGUACGAUACUUCUGCUUUUGGAUUACCAGCCUUUGCAGUUUAAACUCGAUCCUAGGCUUGCCAGGCUACUUGGAGUACAUACGCAAACCCGGCCAGUUAUUAUUUCUGCUUUGUGGCAGUAUAUCAAAACCCACAAGUUGCAGGAUACUCACGAGCGGGAAUAUAUCAUUUGCGACAAAUAUUUGGAACAGAUUUUUAAUUGUUCCAAAAUGAAAUUCGCUGAAAUUCCACAAAGAUUAAAUCCUUUAUUACAUCCACCGGAUCCAAUUGUAAUAAAUCACGUAAUUUCAGUGGAGGGAGGAGCCGAAAGUAAGCAAACUGCUUGUUAUGAUAUUGAUGUGGAAGUUGAUGAUACAUUAAAAACGCAAAUGAAUAAUUUCUUGUUGAGCACUGCGAGUCAGCAAGAAAUUCAAGGAUUAGAUUCGAAAAUUCAUGAAACUGUUGACACAAUCAAUCAGUUGAAAACAAAUAGAGAAUUCUUCUUGAGUUUUGCUAAGGAUCCGCAACAAUUUAUUCAUAAGUGGAUCGUUUCGCAAACUAGAGACCUAAAAACUAUGACGGAUGUUGUUGGAAAUCCUGAAGAAGAAAGAAGAUCUGAUUUCUUUCAUCAACCUUGGGCACAAGAAGCGGUUUGUCGCUAUUUUUACACUAAAGUUCAGCAGAAACGUGCCGAAUUGGAGCAAGCCUUAGCUAUUCGUAAUAAUUAAUAUUCAAUAGAGUGAAAUCGAUUUGAAGAGUCUUGUGGGCUUUCAGGCAAGGGAUUUCUUGCAUCUAUUUAGUGUAAGGUUUAGUUUAAGGUUCAAGAUAUUUUUAAUUUCAUAUUUGCAUUGUAUUUGUUGCAUAGCCAUUAUCUAAAUUGGUAAUCCUUCCAAAUUAAGUUUAAACCCCAUAAGGACAUGAAGAAAAUGUGUAAGUUAAAAAUGGUCGCGUUCACCAGCACUCAACAUGUUUAGUGGCUAGUCAGCGGCUUUGUUGAAAACAGAUGAAAAUCAGCUCUAGGCCAAUCAAAGCUGUUAUACCUUGUGUAUUCCACUUGUUGGAACAAAGCCACUUACUAAUCACUCAACACGCUGAGUGUUGGUGAACACGACCAAUGUGAUAAAAACUCUUUAUUUUUUCUCAAUGUGAGCUGAGCAACUGCAAGAUGAAUAAGUGUCUAUAUCCAAAAUAGGAAUGAUUAAAAAGAGCUGAAAAAAGCGAUUUGUUCGCAACUAUACACUGGUUGAUUGUCCGAUACACGAGUUCAGACUUUAUGCAUUGACAGCGUCACUUUUUAACCUUAAUUACUUUGUUUCGUUAAUUGUUUGCGGCUAAAACAAUUUUACAACCGCAGAGAAAAGGAAACGAAAAUUCCAAAUAUAUGGAAAAGUUAGGUCAUAAGUACCACUGGAUAAAUAUACAGACAGGACUAGGCUAAUAGACACAUAGGCUUCAAUGGCACCCAUUGACUCAUUACUCCCUGUGUCUAGUAGGUUGGUCGGGUCUGUAUAGAAUAGCCACAAAUGUCGCUAUUCAUAAAUCCAUUUUUAUUUACCUGCCAUUAUCUUGAAUUAAUUAAGUAACUAGAGUUAGCAAAUAGAUUGGUGAUUUUUGAUUUUAUUUUAAUUGUUCUAAAUGUCCCUAUUAUUAUACCUACUUUUUACAUUAUUUAUCUGGUAUAAUUUUAUAGACAUUAUAGUGUGUAAUUUUAUUAAAAUUUAUAUAGUAAUCUAAUAUUUAGGUAUAUACUUUUUACAACAUUAUUUUUUAAUUGCUAAACUUAUUGUAUGUAUUUGAGUGCUUUCAAUUUUUAGUAUAAACAUUAGAUUUGUUCCAAAACGUCAAAAAUCGUCCUAUGGAUUCCACGCACAAAUUAUUUUAGAUUUUGCGCAGAAUCCUGAGGGUGAAAAUGUACGAUUUUUGCUGGGGUGGAAUAAUGAUAUUGUUUAGAAGAAACGUUUUUUAUUUGAAUUUCAGUUUUUUUUUUUGAAAGUUUAGAUAAAAAAUCGUUUUUCAUUUCA